UGGCAACGUCGCCACCACUCGGAGGAACGGAGAGGCUGGGUUCGGUAAUUAUCAUGUCUACUAAAGGAUGGCGCCAGCAGUUUCGUUUCGCACCGGAGUAUAACCCAAAAGUUUUUCCUCGAAACUUCGCACAUUUUGCUACCCGUGUGAAGGCACGCUCUCAGUGUCUCGAAGCUGUUGUAUCUAUCCAGUAAGACUUUUAGCUACAUGGGCUACGCCGAAAGAACUUACAGGUAGGGUAGCGCAGCGCAGCCAGAAAUACGAGGCCCCCUUCGUGUGAUAUAUAGAACCACCGAGCACACCAGCCUGCGGGAGAAUACACCAGCAAAUCUGCAGCACUCUGGAAAUUUAAGCCUGGCACAUCCUCUUGUGCCUUUCAGGUCCCCGAGGUCCCGUACCCGUUCUGAAAAUUCUAGCAGCCUCGUUACAGAAAGGUCAUCAUGAAUCCCGGAGAGCUGACAAUCGACGUCCCAUAUGGGAAGCUCGCUGCCAAAGUAUGGGGACCAGAGGACGGCAGACGUGUGCUCGCCCUCCAUGGCUGGCUUGACAGUGCCGCUACCUACGAUAGUCUCAUUCCUCAUCUUGACCCGCACAUCCGUGUAGUUGCUUUGGACUUCUCGGGUCAUGGUGACUCCUCCCACUGUCCACCUGGUUCUCACUACAGCUACCUCACUUUUAUCCUGGAUGUGAAACGAACGCUUCAGGCGCUUCAGUGGAAGGACGUGACCAUAUUGGGACACAGCCUGGGAGCAGUGGUCGGCUUAACGUACGCUGGACUGUUCCCCCGCGAAGUGGUGAGGAUCGUGGCGUUGGACGUGGUUGCCUUGUCAUAUUACCCCCUGACCCGCGUUUCGUCGUCAAUAAGUAACGCCGUGACGCAGCUUUUAGAGAUCGAAGCUAAACUCUCAAACCCACCAGUGUACGGGGAGUCUGAGCUGUUGGAUCGCAUGGAGGAAGCGAACCCAGGACAGUUGACGGAAUAUUCCAAGAAAGUUCUGCUCAAGAGAGGGGCGAAGGUGGUCGAGGGAGGGAUGGUUCUGAAGAGAGACCUGCGUGCAAAGGUGACCAGGAUGGCCCCUUUCGCAGUUGAGGUCCAGAAGGAAAUUGUCAAGAGAUAUAAAGGAGAGCUGUUGGCUCUCAAGGUAGUGCAAGGAAAUCAUCGUAAUGUGACCAGUGACGAACUGGAGUUCCGGGAAUUGUACCGGAAGAACUGUAAAUUUUUCCACUACAUCGAGGUGAACGGUACCCACUACGUACAUCUGAACAAUCCAGAACGGGUGGCGCCACAUAUUAGCGCAUUUUUAAGGGAUGGCGCUCUUAAGCAAGGAAAGCUGUAAUCGGCACUAAGAUUACAGUUGCUACUAUUGUAACUUUCUCUGCGGUGUAACAUCUGUGAUGAACAAGGUAGAUACUGGAAAAGUAAUAAUACCAGCAAACUUUCCUUGGAAACCGGCUAAGAACAUCGUUGGAACACUGAUACUUCCAUUCACAGCAGAUGUUAAUAUAAUUUUUUAGUACGGUGCAAGAUGUAUGCGCAGCAGCUACCCCAUGAGGUGUGUGAUCAUUACACUGUCUUGAAGUUUUACGAGACCUCAAUUAAACGACCAGUCUAUAGGUUUUAUAGGAAUCGUUUUAUUACACUGGUAUGUCGAUAUAUCUGUUCAUGACGCAUGACUGGUGGUUGGUUUUUAUAGUGAGAUAUUUUUUUCCUGCAUCUUCUCGGGACGUCCUUUGUGGUCAUUCAAUUUCAAUUCAAGUCAAGUCAUUCAAUUCAAUUCAUUCAAUUUUCACUCCGUCAUGACACAAGUACACUUAUACGCUGCAUGAGCGAGACUUGCUAUUGUUCCACAACUAUAGACAUUUUGCUUUGACUUUAUUUGAUUGGGUGUCAGCUACAGACUCAAGAUAUGAAUAUGUUACGCUCUCAGGGUUAUUGGAAGACUUGACUUGCUGCAGUGACAUACUGCUUGCAUUCGCAGUUUUUUUUAUUUGUCCAGUUUUUACGUGCGCGCCAUGUUGUGCUAGAAAUUUUGGGGAUGCUAGAGCAGCAUUUAAGGAGUGGUUCAUGUUGCUUUUGUGGGCUUUGCGAAGCGAGGCAAUUUUCGUUGUAUCAGAGCGGAAGUGCACACAGGACAAGUACAUACUACUGGUUUGGUGCAUCUUCUAUCUGUUGUUAUUUUGAUGCCUUGUUAAAUGCAGAUGCACACAAAUUGGACACAAAUGUCCCGAUUGAAAAAAUCACCAGCAUUAUUCUGGUGUUUCCUGAUGUUCCUGGCGUGACACCAAGGUGAUUCUGGUGCUGUCGAGUUCUCCUGAUGUCAACACCAGAGUGGACUACUACGACACCAGAAUGAUUCUGGUGCCUUCUAGAAUGCUUGGUGUGCGCACUAGACAGACGUAGUGUUUUAAUGUGACCGUUAGAGCGGUCUGGUGUGGUUCACAGACACCAGACAUACAGGCGCCAAAGUACGAGCACUACACGUUGUUACCAUGAAAACCGCUGUUUACAAUGAUCAUGAGUUCCUUAGCGCAACUUCUUUUACAAAGGAAUGAUAAUUGGCAUCGCAAAUAAUUCCCCCGAGUGUCGAAAUUGACACGCUUUGCGGCUUUCAUUCGAGUUUGAAAACGAAACUUUACGCUCUCAUUGUCACAUAAAACAGCGACAGCGCCAUCGGCAUUAGUGUCUGUUUUGAACUCAACGGGCUGGUCGAGGUGGUUGAGGUAGCGUUUCGUCCUGGUUUUCAACAUGAAAACUUCGCACGAAUGUGAAGAACUUUGAAUAUGUGUUUCUGAAGUUCUGCAUUAUAUGUCGUAGUUUGCUUUCCAACCUGUGCACAAGUGGAAGUAUGAGAAAAUACAAGAGAUGCAUUCGGGGUAGAUGUGACGACUGGUCAUUGGUGUGACGUCUUUGAAUGUGCGUUUUGUCCGGCAUCAUGUGAACUCAUUAUUCAUGGGAUAUGGACUACAAGAAGAGAGGACGGAAAGAGUUGAUCGAGUAUGCUUUUCUAAAUUAUAACUGUGUCGUCGCAUGUGAUGUAUUCACACUCGUAGAAGGAAUAACAUUGCUGCUUUUUGUACUUUUAUAUUGUGGAGUGCAUACUAACUGUGUAUCAUCAGUAGUAACAGUAAUACAGACAGUCUUGUUACACGUGCUUGUCUGUUUCUAUUUCUGAUUCUCAGUAUACUAUAUGCAAAUAAUUAGUUUAGGCUGCUAACAGCUGGGACACCUUUGCAGUAGAAAGAAACCUGUGAUAUCUUGUUGUAUUGUUGACUGGUUUGAUGAGUCGCUAACAUUAAUGAGUACGACCCAAGCAGCCUUAGUACCGGAAUAACGAGCAGACCGUGUUGGUUGAAUGUUGCACAUUCAUGUAUGCAUGUCAGGAUCCCUUAGUGGUGUUUUAUGAUGCUCGACUAUUGAACAUUAUGCUGUUUCACGCAUUCGAUACCGUGAGGUACUUGGCUCCUCAGCGUCCUCACGAGGCUCUGAAAGCUGUGCAUAAUUUUGAACGCUUAGAGAAAAACAAACAGGACAGCAAACACCGUGUUCGUGCUGUGGUGCCGCGCUUGCACUAUCCUGCUUUCGCUCUCUCUCUCACACACACACGUCUACAGCUAUGCACAGCUUUUAGUCCAUUGUGAGGUUCCUAACGGACCAAGUACAUCACGGGAUUUAACGCAUGAGACAUCAUAAUGUUCAACAGUGGAGCAUCACAGAACACCAGGGAUCCUGGUGUGCAACACCAGAGCGCACACAUCAGAUGUCCUGGUGUGGAACAUCAGAGAACAGGCACUAGGAACACCAGGGAAUUCUGAUGCUAACAUCAGAGAAGAAAGCACCAGGAAUGUCCCAAAUCACAGCCACCAAAAACACCAGAAUGGUUCUAGUGCUUUUUUCAAUAGGGGUGAUAGCCUAUGUUUGAGGCAUUCUGAAUAUGUGCUUAUCAUCAUGCAUCUUAGCCAUUCCAUGCCAGUUGGUCCACUAGUUGAUCCAGUAGAAGAAUGCUCUUUCUAUCCUUCAUGUUUCCUGCAAAAGUCAUGAAAGCAGCAGCUAUAAAUAUUGAGGAGUUAUUCAGAUAUGUCGGGCAUAGUGAUUGAACUAAAACCUGGUAUGGAAUCAUUUAUAAUAUAUUUGGUCAAUUUAUUAUUAUUAUUUAGUGCUGUUCCUCUUGCAACCCUAGCUGUUUGAUUUAAUUUCAUUCUGUUUAGAGGCAAGUGCUUUGAGCAAUGCUCCUGCCAGAGGAAGGGAGAUGUACCAUUUGGAGUGGAAUCAUCAUGCAGUUGCGCUGUAGUGUUUGUGGAACAAAAAAAACCACUUGGACUUCAUUACAUAAAGCUGGUUGUCACAUGUUGUAGUGCUUUCACUAUUUUUUAUAUACAAUAUAUUUCACAUGGAAUAAAGUAAAACUUGAUUCUGCAUGA